GCAGCUUCCCUCCAGUGCGAGUCGACUCCAGUAAACAGCAGUCAUGGCGACAGUGCUCCAACAGCCGCUCAGUCUGGAUCGAGAUGUUGCCCGAGCCAUCGAGCUGCUGGAGAAGCUGCAGGAGUCGGGCGACGUUCCGGGUCACAAGCUGCAGUCUCUGAAGAAAGUGCUGCAGAGCGAGUUCUGCACAGCGAUCAGAGAGGUGUACCAGUACAUGCAUGAAACCAUCACCGUCAACGGCUGCCCAGAGUAUCAGGCCAGAGCCACCGCCAAGGCCACGGUGGCCGCCUUCGCCGCCAGUGAGGGUCACUCUCACCCGCGGGUUGUGGAGCUUCCCAAGACGGAAGAAGGCCUGGGCUUCAACGUGAUGGGCGGCAAGGAGCAAAACUCUCCCAUCUACAUCUCCCGCAUCAUCCCCGGCGGGGUGGCGGAGCGUCACGGCGGACUCAAACGGGGCGACCAGCUGCUGUCCGUCAACGGGGUGAGCGUGGAGGGCGAGCACCACGAGAAGGCGGUGGAGCUCCUGAAGGCGGCCAAGGACAGCGUCAAGCUGGUGGUCCGCUACACGCCGAAGGUGCUGGAGGAGAUGGAGGCCCGCUUCGAGAAGCUGCGCACGGCCCGCCGGCGCCAGCAGCAGCAGCUUCUCAUGCAGCAGCAGCAGCAGCAGAACCUGUCCAGUCAGCAGAACCACAUGUCGUAGGUUGUUCCAGAACAAACAGAAGUGAGGCAGAACGUGACGUUUCGGAUCUCCUGGUGCUGAAGAUCCCAAAGUUGGAGGACUUUUCCCUUCCGGCGUUCCCUGGCAAAAAAGCAGAGUGUUUGUCCUGAUGAAUUUGGUGCUUUUUGACCGUAAUUUUUACCUUUUCUACAUCCUUCUCUGCAGACGUUUGCUUUCACAUUCAUCGUAUUUUGUUUUUUUGAAGCAAAAAGAGGUUGUUGAUUGUAGCAAAGGCUGCGUUUUGUAUGUGGUAGGUUUAGCAAUAAACACGUGCAAGCUUUAUUUGACCACCACAGCCAAUUGCUGACCUAUAUCUGGAAUUAUUACUCAUCACUGAACUGUAUUAAUAAUAAUGUAAAAACAGAAACAAAAACUAAGAAUAUAUCUUUUUUUCUCACAUAUUUAUUCGUAUUUUUGAAUUUGAAUCCAUUUAUUUUCCAUAGUUUAUGUGUUUUACGAAUGGCCUCUCCCUCUUAUGGUUAUUGUGCAAUAAUGCUAGAUGACACGCAGAAUGUCAACCAAAUGAUAAUAUUUCAUUUAUGAGAUUAGAGGUUUAUCAGAGUUUUAUUUCUCCUUUUGUGUUCACUGAUGACUAUUGUGAUGAAGCGUGUCAAAUAUGUGGAUGUUGGUGUUUUGACAAUCAUUGUGAGCGCCGGUGAAAAUGUGGAAUGUUCAACCGUAUUAUUUCCCUCGUGAGGAUAUUUUCAUUUUGAUGCUGUCAAACACUCCUGAUGAUUUAUUGAUGUGACUUUUUGUGCUUUGGUUUAUUUUUUGAUCCUUAUAUUUAACUUCUUUUGUCAUGUUUUGUUGUCUUUUCAUCCCAAAGUGACCAAAAAGCAUAAUAAUCUUCUCAUCUUUGAUUUCCUUCUUUAAUUCCUCAAAGUACACGCGUCUAAAAACACUCGGAUAUUAUUUCACAUGAAAAGUGCGACAUGUGCCACACUGCCAGAUUUGUACCCGUCGUGAAAAUCCAUGUUUAUUUUGUCCCUCAAACAUGACAAUACAUUGUUUCCUAUCGUCCAGUCACAGGUACUGUUUCUUUUUGGACUUUUUGGAGAUGGCGGUCCUGUGCUUCAUGGAUUUAAAAAGAAAACACAUUGUUAAUAUGCAAUUGUUAUACAUACUAUAUUUGUACAAAUAAAUUAAUGUGCUUGUGU